AUCUUUCCCGUGUGGCGGCGUGUGACGUCAAUUGCGGCGGAGGGUGCUGGAUCUCAGGCGGUUGGCUGCAUUGCCCGCGUUCGGUGACGGUGAAACGUGAGCAGUUAGAGGUCGAAUAGCGAAGCGUUACCCGGUACAGAGCUGUCUAUCAGACCCCGACGUCGCCAGAGCCUCUUUGGAGCCGGUACAUCAUGAGCGUGGAGGCGUACGGGCCCAGCUCGCAGACCCUCACCUUCCUGGACACGGAGGAGGCCGAGCUUCUGGGGGCCGACACUCAGGGCUCGGAGUUCGAGUUCACCGACUUCACUCUGCCCAGCCAGACUCAGGGGCAGACUCAAAGCCAGCUUGACGGGCAGGUUAAUGGCCCAGAUGGUAUACUACAGAAUGGCACAGUGGAUGAUGGCGUUGGGAAAACAAAUCAGCUGCUGGGUGAGCUGAACUUUGAGGAAGAUGAAGAAGACACAUAUUAUACAAAGGAUCUUCCGGUGCAUGCCUGCAGCUAUUGUGGCAUUCAUGAUCCAGCUUGUGUGGUCUACUGCAACACAAGUAAAAAAUGGUUCUGCAAUGGACGUGGUAACACCUCUGGCAGCCACAUUGUGAAUCAUUUGGUAAGAGCAAAGUGUAAAGAGGUCACUCUGCACAAGGAUGGACCACUUGGCGAGACUGUGUUGGAAUGCUACAAUUGCGGAUGCCGAAAUGUGUUUCUCCUGGGAUUCAUUCCAGCUAAGGCAGAUUCUGUCGUUGUGCUCCUGUGCAGGCAACCAUGUGCAAGUCAGAGCAGUUUGAAGGACAUUAACUGGGACAGUUCCCAGUGGCAACCUCUUAUUCAGGACCGUUGCUUCCUCUCCUGGUUGGUGAAGAUCCCUUCUGAACAAGAGCAGCUCAGAGCUCGCCAAAUCACUGCUCAGCAAAUAAACAAACUGGAAGAGUUAUGGAAGGAAAACCCUUCUGCCACAUUGGAGGAUCUGGAAAAGCCUGGUGUUGAUGAGGAACCUCAACAUGUUCUGCUUCGUUAUGAAGAUGCCUAUCAGUACCAAAACAUAUUUGGGCCUCUUGUUAAACUUGAAGCAGACUAUGACAAAAAACUGAAAGAAUCUCAGACACAAGAUAACAUAACGGUGCGAUGGGACCUUGGCCUCAACAAGAAGAGGAUUGCUUACUUCACUUUGCCCAAAACUGAUUCUGAUAUGCGUUUAAUGCAAGGAGAUGAAAUAUGCUUGAGAUACAAAGGUGACCUUGCACCUUUGUGGAAAGGAAUUGGACACGUGAUUAAGGUCCCUGACAACUAUGGUGAUGAAAUUGCCAUAGAGCUGAGAAGCAGCGUCGGUGCUCCGGUGGAAGUUACUCAUAAUUUCCAAGUGGAUUUUGUAUGGAAGUCAACAUCAUUUGAUCGGAUGCAGAGUGCGUUGAAAACCUUUGCAGUAGAUGAGACUUCAGUUUCUGGUUACAUUUAUCACAAACUUCUGGGUCAUGAGGUGGAAGAUGUCAUUAUAAAAUGUCAGCUUCCCAAGAGGUUCACUGCACAGGGACUUCCAGAUCUCAACCAUUCACAGGUUUACGCAGUGAAGACCGUUCUACAACGACCUCUAAGUCUCAUUCAGGGGCCGCCUGGGACUGGAAAAACUGUAACUUCUGCAACAAUUGUGUAUCAUCUUGCUAGACAAGGAAAUGGCCCGGUCUUGGUGUGUGCUCCAAGCAAUAUUGCCGUAGAUCAACUCACUGAGAAAAUACACCAAACGGGACUCAAAGUGGUUCGUCUCUGUGCGAAGAGCCGUGAAGCCAUUGAUUCUCCAGUUUCUUUCUUGGCACUGCACAAUCAGAUUCGCAACAUGGAAAGUAUGCCAGAACUUCAGAAAUUGCAGCAAUUGAAAGAUGAGACAGGAGAACUGUCAUCGGCUGAUGAGAAACGAUACAGAGCUCUUAAAAGGACAGCAGAACGAGAAUUACUUAUGAACGCGGAUGUAAUUUGCUGUACAUGUGUUGGUGCAGGAGAUCCUAGGCUUGCUAAAAUGCAAUUCCGGUCAAUUUUGAUUGAUGAAAGUACUCAAGCCACAGAGCCUGAAUGUAUGGUGCCAGUUGUGCUGGGAGCCAAACAGCUAAUACUUGUAGGAGAUCACUGUCAGCUUGGUCCAGUUGUGAUGUGUAAAAAAGCUGCAAAGGCUGGACUGUCUCAGUCACUGUUUGAGAGACUUGUGGUUCUUGGCAUCAGACCAAUUCGCCUUCAGGUUCAGUACAGGAUGCAUCCUGCUCUUAGUGCUUUUCCAUCAAACAUUUUCUACGAAGGUUCCCUUCAAAACGGAGUAACUGCAGCGGAUCGUGUGAAGAAAGGCUUUGACUUCCAGUGGCCACAACCAGACAAGCCAAUGUUUUUUUACGUCACCCAGGGACAAGAAGAGAUUGCCAGUUCAGGGACUUCUUAUCUAAACAGGACAGAAGCUGCUAAUGUUGAGAAAAUUACUACCAAACUUUUGAAGGCAGGCGCCAAACCAGACCAGAUUGGUAUAAUUACUCCAUAUGAAGGGCAGAGGUCCUACUUGGUUCAGUACAUGCAGUUCAGUGGCUCUUUGCACACUAAGCUAUACCAGGAGGUGGAAAUUGCCAGUGUAGAUGCUUUUCAAGGAAGAGAGAAAGAUUUUAUUAUCCUUUCUUGUGUUCGUGCGAAUGAGCACCAGGGAAUUGGUUUUUUAAACGAUCCCCGUCGCUUGAAUGUGGCAUUAACGAGAGCACGGUAUGGUGUAAUCAUUGUGGGCAACCCAAAGGCACUUUCAAAGCAACCCCUGUGGAACCACCUUCUAAAUUACUACAAGGAACAAAAAGUCCUUGUUGAAGGACCACUCAACAAUCUUAGAGAAAGUCUCAUGCAAUUUAGCAAACCUCGCAAACUUGUAAACACCAUUAAUCCUGGGGCACGUUUUAUGACAACAGCGAUGUAUGAUGCCCGUGAAGCAAUAAUCCCUGGAUCUGUGUAUGACCGGAGUAGUCAAGCUCGACCUUCAAACAUGUACUUUCAAACUCAUGAUCAGAUCGGCAUGAUUAGCUCUGGACCCAGUCAUGUAACUGCCAUGAACAUUCCAAUACCAUUUAAUUUAGUCAUGCCUCCAAUGCCUCCUCCAAGUUAUUUUGGACAAGCCAAUGGACCAACUGCAGCUCAUUCAUACAUUGACCGUAUUUCCCAAGGUCGUGGAAUGACUAAAGGGAAAUCACCACGUGGUGGACGCCAGAAACAGAGGGGCAUUGGGCUUCAAGGCAUGAGUCAGGGAAAUAUGCCAAAUAGUCAGGCCAGUCAAGAUGUUGUAUCCCAACCAUUCUCUCAAGGACCCCUUACCCAAGGAUACAUAUCCAUGAGCCAGCCAUCACAAAUGAGCCAGCCAGGGCUUUCUCAACCAGAAUUAUCACAGGAUAGCUACCUUGGUGAUGAAUUUAAGUCUCAGAUUGAUGUUGCGUUAUCGCAGGACUCCACUUACCAGGGGGAGCGCGCCUAUCAACUUGGAGGUGUGACUGGGCUGUCACAGUACUAGUGUGUUGAAGACGAGCUAAUCCCGCGUGGAACUUAGUUCAUCCACAUUUUAUUCUGAGUAAUAAAAAAAUAAACGGAUACCUGUUUUCCACUGCUAAAACUGAAGCACCACUGUGAGAGCAACAGGAGAGAGAGGAACGUGAGAGGGAUAAAAUAAAAAAUAUCGAGAGAGCGAAAGCGAGCGAGACCACUGCAAGCACACAGAGGCGAGGAGAACGAUAGGAGACGUGGCUAUACAUCAGAGAAGCCACACGCACCUUAACAGGAUAGGUAGUAAAUGGGAGUAACAAUUGCAAUCAAGUUGCCGCUGUAAGAAGUUCAACAACCCGCUAGACCUCUCUAGCCCGCCACGUAACAUGGGCAAGGGCUGAAGGAACAGCUUUUGUUUAUCAGCUGGUUAUGUACUCCUUUGGCACUAUUUUAUCAAAGCUGGAGAAAAACAGUUCCUUAUCUCAGAGUUGUUGUUUUUUUUUAACACAGAUUCAUUAGUCUGUUUUAAACUAUAUAGGCAGCAUAUUCUAGUUUCUUCAACACAAACCACAGUAUUAAUGAGGAAUUGAAGAGGUCAACUUUGAGAUGCAGGUUUGAUUUUCAAACUGGCUUUGAUUAAGAAACCGAUGGUCUCCACCGAGUCCCUCUACCUAAAGGUUCUGUACUAGUUGGUUUUAAAACUUUCUAGAGAAGCAAAGUGCUGGAUGUAUUUUCUUUUCUUUUUAUUCUGCUGGUUGCGGUGGACCUGAGUACUGCAAGACAUUGUGGUUGAUGCUGUGGCAAGUCAGAAAUGCUGCCACAAACAGGGACUUUCAGAUGCAGCAAAUGACUCAAUGACUAGCCUCUCUUUCCUAAAGCAGUGUAGCAGAGCAAUGGAGUAUACAAACUCCCUUAAGGAGAGGGGUUUUCUCAGUGUUUUCUGUAUGCUUUGAUUGGCUACUGUCUGGACUCUACUCCACAAAACAAAUAAUCUUUGUUUAGGCAAAUGUGUAUGCUUAAGAAAAGAGGCAGAUUUUUUCUGCCCUUCGGCACCAAUCAGUCAGGGAGAUGCAAGCUAGCCUGCUAUUGUGAAAUUCCCCUCCCAGAUAUGGACCUAGUAGUGGAAACUGGGGAUUAUAUAGGUUUGAAAGUAAAGUAUUCUCAGUAGAUUUGAAACCGGUUGGAAAGCAAACAGGAUUGCAGGCAGUGAGGAAGGUGGCCCACAGUCAGUGUGACUGGAAAAGCAUUCAAUCCAUUUGAUCAGAGGCUAAAUGGAUUUGUCCUUAAAGCAAGGCAGUAAAAGUAACUAUUUGUAUGUCAGCUCAGAUUUAUAUAACCUGUAUACCAGUGGUAUUAUUGCAAUACCGUUAUCACAGUCUAAUCAUUAAUUUCAUGAGCUAUAAACAGCUUAUAGUCCAUCCCCUUAGUAUUUUUAAUGUAGGCACCAUUAUGACUUUUAGUUUAGCAGAUGUGAAACAAACCACAAGCUUUAGUUUCUAUUCUGUGUAGAGAACUAACAGUUUCUGGGUGGCACCAUCCCAGUCAUUUACUGGUAGCACAACUGCAUAGGUGUAGCUUCACUCUUGUCCUGUGCACUUAGCAUCUCCUACAUGACGUUGGCCACCUUCCUUUCUGCAAGAAUAGGGGUUUUAUUUAUCAAUGCUGCCGAAGGGCUCUUUUGUUUUUGUUUUUUCGCCCUUACCCUUGCACUGCUUUCUUAGUAGAUGAGUUAAAUGUGUAUUUAGAGUUUCCUCUUCAAUAACACCAAUUUAUUGCUCAAAGAUGAAUUAGUAUAUGAUCUCACUUUUAUUUUGCAGACUAAAAAGCAUCUGCUGGCUUUAUUUCUAUUUUCCUGUAGGAGUUAUUGAGUUUUUAAUACCCUGGAAUGCUUGUGCUAGCACAGUGUAUUUUUGUUUUUCCCCUCCCACUAAUUUGUUUUAAUCAUAUUUGUCAUUAAUAAAAUGAUUAAUAAACAGUC